AUGUCUCUACAGUAUGCGGGCGAAACAGUCGAGGAACUUGCUCUCAUAGAGCUUCCCUCAAAACGUGAUUACAUCGCCAACCUCUGUUCAGUCGAACCUCCAGCCGAUGAGCCGACUUGCGCGAUAUGCAGAGAUGCAUGGGAUUAUCCAGAUCUGGACGUCGUAGCUCCGAGUCCUCAUUGCAUUCAACAUCCCGUGCAUAAAGAAUGUCUCCUGAUCUGUUUCGCAACAGAGGAUGGUGAGGAAGUCAGCAAUCUAUGUCCGUUCUGCCGUCGUGAGCUCUUUGAGAAAAUCACAUCACCCCAACUGCAAGAUGAGACUUCCGAGUACGAAACUUCGACAACGGGCCAAUAUUAUGCACAACUAGAGUACCAAAGCCAAGCGUUCUAUUUCGGGACUCUCUCCAGUGCCCCAACGGACGAUGCGGACAAUGUCGUAAAUGACUCACAGCUUCUUUAUCCUGGUGGCCCGACUAUUGCUCAUGCACUCCAGACAGAGGAUGUUUGGUCUGUUUUGCCCAGAUUCCUGGAAAGCUGGUUCAUCCACAAUGUCACACCCAUCAUGGUGGACACGUUCACAUUCCAAAGCCUCGGUGACCUCAUGAGCCCCGAGGCUACACGUCUCACCGAAGAGGGACGCGCUGCUAUCACUGCGCUUUUCGCACAUGAAAAAGUUUCCGAUAGAUUCGAACUAUCUCUAAAGACAGUCGAAUUACUAAAUCACCAAUACGGCGAACUCGUUACGCGAUGCAUCGGCUCUGCCUUUAAGUACUACGACGACUCCGCCUUUCCCCAACACGUAGGAGUUCUGCAGCGCGAAUCACGUUGGCUGAUUGCUUACCAUGUACUCAUGGGUCUUUUGACCAUAUAUAAGCACUAUCCAUAUAUCUACGAGCAGGAUUUCGACCUCAGCCAGUGGCUAGCACUAAUACGCUUCCGCAAGAUGUUGUAUGAGGAAAUUACUCAGUGGGCAUCAAAUACUUUCUUCGCCAGGCUACUUCCAGUCAAGUUUAUCCUCGACUACGGUUCAUUCCUUGGCAAUACAACCACAGAACACAAUCCGUAUGAAAUCGAGAUGCUCCACAAAUACGCGGACGGGACCACGAAGGCAGGAUAUAUGGAACCGGAUCUUCCUGGUGUCAUUAACCGUGAUGCCAUCCUCUACAUGAAGGAAGGCUCAGACUACGCUGUCAAUAAGCAUCUCGAGGACGGCGCCAUGAUUCAUUUUUAUCAACCGGGAAUUAUGGUCAUGUGGGAACUCAAUCCAGGCUUUUUCCAUGACUUUGCUUAUGAUCCUGAGAAAGGUUUCUUGGAUCUCGAAAGAGAACACGGAUUUACUAUGAGAAUCAAACACCGAGUCGCGAAGGUGUAG